CCGCCGCUCAUCCUUGUUGUUUAAUUGUGAAGGUACGUCUGUGACGAACUCAACAUCGGAGUAAGCCUGCACUGCCAGGAGCCAGUGAGAGCCAAGGUCGAAACGGACGCCACCAGAGAGAUGAGUACUACAGGUGUGUGCAUCACGAUAGUUCUGGCCAUUGCGGCGUUUGCCGGUAACUGGUGGUGGACGGACAAGAGUCGACACGAGUUCAUCAGGCGAGUGGGCGACAGAGUGAAGGCGCCGGACAUCCUGAUCAACCAUUCCAAGGUGUUCGCUAAACCAGAGAUAAUACAGGUGACUCCUAACAUAUACUGCGCCUUCGGCUACGGCCUGGCCAACUCCAUCAUGCUGGAGGGCGACGAUGGCAUCGUCGUGGUGGACGUCAUGGAGAGUUACCAGGUGGGACAGACGGUGUUCAAGGCGUUUCGACAGAUAACGAAGAAACCCGUAAAGGCCAUCAUCUACACCCACAACCACGCCGACCACACGUACGGCGCUAAGGCGUUCAUAGAAGACCCUGCCAACCCUCCCGAGAUCUGGGCCCACCAGUCGAUGCUCCAGGAGCUACAGACCUGGUUCUACGCCAUGCCCAUCCUCAUGUCCCGAUCAAUAAGGCAGUUCGGCGUGUUGACGCCCGACCACAUCAACUCCGGCAUCGGCAGCAAGCUCAAGUUGGACAGGAACGACAACCAGCUAGCGCUAGUGUUCCCAAACAAACUGUUCAUUGGGCAGGAGAGGGAUAUAACUAUAGCAGGGAUGAACCUAAAGCUGGUUCACAUUCCCGGAGAGACGUCUGACCAGAUCGGUGUAUGGAUUGCGGACCAGAAGGUUUUCUUGUCUGCGGAUGACGUAUACGAGGCCUUUCCCAACCUGUACGCAAUCCGCGGAACUCCGUCCAGAAGUCUCCUGGACUGGGCUUCAUCCCUUGACAAGAUCAUAGACCUCGCCCCGGAACACCUCGUCCCGGGUCACACUCGUCCACUCCGCGGCGCCGACGCCAUCGCCGACAUGUUGACGUGUUACCGAGACGCCAUCCAGUUCGUACACGACCAGACUGUGAGGCUGAUGAACAAGGGCUACCACCCAGACGAGAUCGCCCAUAUGAUCAAACUCCCCGCUCACCUCGCCAACCACCCUUACCUGCUGGAGUUCUACGGGACGAUCGAGUGGUCCUCAAAGGGGGUGUUCAACUCCUAUCUAGGCUGGUUUAAUGGAGACCCUGUCGAUCUGUCUCCUUUCACCCCAGACGAAUUGGCGGAGCAUAUUGUUCACAUGGGAGGUGGCGUCGACAACAUGAUUCUGAAGGCAAAGGGCGCUCUGCACAACAAUGAAUAUCGAUGGGCACUCGUCCUCAGCUCCUACAUUCUCAGGAUUGACAGCAAUUUCAGGGAGGCUAAGGACAUCAAAGCCGCUUGCCUGAUGGCCUUGGGCAACCAGCAGAUUAGCGCCAACGGUCGGAACUAUUUCCACACGACUGCCAUGGAGACUCUCGGAGACGUGGACGUCAGACCAGGUCCUCAGAGUGUCGCUGCCUUCAUCAACAAUGCGCCGCUGAGAACAGUCUUCGAUGCCCUGAGGGUCCACUUCGACGCCGAGGCCUGUCUGAAGGUUAACAUCACGAUUGCAUGGGACUUCUCGAAACCCACGAGCCACGUGUCCAUGAAGAUCAGGAACGCUGUGGUCAUCCUGAGGGACAGACCGGCAAAGACCCACGACAUGCUGGUCACGGUGGUGGAAUCCGUCUGGCGGGAGCUCCUCGUCAACAGGUUUACGAAAGCCGCGUCCAUGUCCAAGGAUAAAUUCAGAGUGGUCGGAGAACUCAGCGGACUGAAGAAAGUGAUGAAGUGUUUUGACUUCAAUUAAAGGUGCAGGAACAUGUUAUAAUGAUAUUAUAAUGAAUGUGUGGCUGAAAAUUGGUUGCUCGGCUUAAAAUAUAGAUUUCGUCGUCUCGUUCCAUGAUAAGUUUAAUAUAUACAUUAAUAUAUUUCCUGAUAUUACUAAACGAAAUAGGUGAGGGAUUUAUGGGAAAUUACGUACAAAGUCACACACUAUGUGGGUGUUUGUUUUUUGUUUCUUUUUUAUCUUUUCCAAAACUUCGUAGUUUAUUGUUGUGAUCUGUUGAAGAGUGCAGAUGGAAGGAGCAUUCUUACGAUUCAAUGAGAUGCAUUUACACAAACUACUUGCCCAAUCCCAUACUCAUCAAACGUUUGGAAUGUGCCAAACAUUCACGCAAAAACGAAAAUACUGACCAGAGCUUUUAUAGACAUUCGGACACCCACGAACACACCUGAUGUACAGAAACAGGCGCGUGUAUGGGGGAGGGGGGGGGGGGGGGAUUUCCAGAGGAUCCAAAACUUGUCUUUGCUCAAGCAAAUUAAAAAACCAAAAUAUAUAUAUUUUACAGGGGAACAUGAUUCCACCGCCCUAUACACUUAACGCGCUACAAUUUAGACUCCUAUUGGCUACAAUUCCGACAAACGGGCCUGAGAAAUGACUAUUCCAAUCACGAAUCUAUAUGUCCCACACUUUUGUAAGAUGAACACAUUUAGAGACACAUUUUGAGGGAAUAUUUUUCAAGGAGUUGGUAAAGUUUUCAUGUUGCAUGAUAUUCUUUCAAUAUACAAUUAUAACAGCCAGGACCCGUAACAGUUCCAUUGCCCGUGGCCCACAGCUCCGGGGACGUAUAUGUAGCUUGAUGUCGGGGGUGAGGAGUAUGUAGUAGUGUUGGUAUAAAGCAGCCAAUGGGAAUCUCCCUAUUAGCUCAGUUGGUGGGGCCGCUGGACUCUGGUGCUGAGAGUCCACUGUUCGAGUCCCAUUAAUGGAGGAGGAUUUUUCUGUGACAUAUAUUUCAAAUAAAUAAAUAAAUAACUAUAUACAUAAAUAAAUAAUAAUAAUUUAAAAAAAGCAUUUAAAAACGAAUAUUUUAAGGCAUUUACACGAACUAUGUUUUCUCCAACUUUCCGGAAACACCUUUUUUAGUCCUGAAGAGCAUAGAGAAAAAAAAGAAAAUAUUUGGUGGAUAAUCGACAGAAUUGUACGCGUUCAGUUGAAACGACCACACCGUAACGUUAUGCCAGGCGAGUCUUGUCGACAUAGAUGCUAUUUUCGUGCAACUCAUCGGUGUUUGACGGACCUGUCUAGUCACCGCGGCAGAUUUUGUGGAUUCAUUGAUUUUAUAAGAUUUGUCACGAUGUGAUGUGAUAUCGUCGUGCUAAACGAGACAGCGUAUAAGCACAUACUAAUAGUUAUUUAUGUAAAGAUUAUGCAUGGGAUCGAUUAAUUUGUAGUUACUUAUUACAAAUGAAUGCAAAAAUAGCGGGGAAAAUUUUUACUUUUAGUCAGGAUGUAGCACUAUUAAAGGGAAUCUUUAAUGAAAGAAUCUGUAUGAAAAACUGAUCAAACUGAUGAGAAAAAAAAUAAUGGAACAUACUAGUGUGUUAUUUCAAAUCAAAUUUAAUUAUCCACGAGUGUAGUUAUGUCUGUAUAAAAUACAGAAAUGUGAAGUGGGAUUGAAUGUUAUUAUUGCUAAUUUAACACAGUUAACUUCCUUGUGGGUGGGGAUUCUAAAAGCAAUCAAUAUUUGCUUAACAAUUUAUGUGUUCCAGUAUUUGUUCCAUCAGUAUAUUCUUAUUAUUUUGUUUAAACCAAAAGAACAUGAGAAAAUAGUAUAAUAUACACAAUAGAUUUUAGUAGCAAUUCGUGCUUCUGUGUCAUUCAUCUCAUUAAAAUAAUAAUAAUAAUAAACGAAGGUACAAAGUCAGUCGUCAUAUUAUGAGAAAUCGUCUACAAGAACAUGUAUAUAAAUACCGGAAUAACCGAAUCAGCUGUAUGGGUUUUCACAAAACUCAAAUAACUGAUAUACCUUAAUCACCAAUAUUUCGUUUUAGAAAUGAACUAUUUCGGAAUACAUUAUUCUACUGAAAUAAAUAUUGCUUUUUUUUUGUUUCUCGUAAAUAAAACGUAAAUGUUCCCAAACGUAUUAAACGCCAAGCAAUUUUGGAUUUUUGUUUCUUUCAAUUCAUACUAACAUAUUUAGUUUUCUUUUUGACCUUUUUUGGGGG